AUGUACAAUGAAGAUGGAAAACACAACUUACAAAAACUGACUUUUGCCUAUAAGGAGGCAGACUCUGCGAGGAUGUUACAUCACCAUUGUCGGAGGAACCCUGAGCUACAGGAAGAGUUGCAGAUUCAGGCGGCAGUAGCCGCUGGGGAUGUCCACACGGUGCGCAAAAUGUUAGAGCAGGGCUACUCUCCAAACGGCCGAGAUGCUAACGGCUGGACCUUGCUCCAUUUCUCAGCGGCAAGAGGGAAGGAAAGAUGUGUUCGUGUAUUUCUUGAACAUGGAGCGGAUCCUACAGUGAAAGACCUGAUUGGCGGCUUCACUGCUCUACACUAUGCAGCUAUGCACGGCCGAGCCCGGAUUGCACGCCUCAUGCUGGAAUCAGACUAUCGUGUCGAUAUUAUUAACGCAAAGAGCAACGACGGUUGGACUCCCCUUCAUGUGGCGGCUCAUUACGGCAGAGACUCCUUUGUCCGACUCUUGCUGGAGUUCAAGGCUGAAGUUGAUCCGCUUAGCGACAAAGGGACCACGCCACUUCAGCUCGCCAUCAUCCGCGAGCGGUCCAGCUGCGUCAAAAUCCUCCUCGAUCACAACGCCAACAUUGACAUUCAGAAUGGCUUCCUGUUACGCUACGCCGUGAUCAAAAGCAAUCACACUUAUUGCCGGAUGUUCCUCCAGAGAGGAGCGGAUACGAACUUGGGGCGUUUAGAAGACGGACAGACGCCGUUGCACUUGUCUGCUCUUAGGGACGAUGUCCUCUGCGCGCAGAUGUUGUACAAUUACGGGGCGGAUACCAACACAAGGAACUAUGAAGGACAGACUCCCUUGGCGGUUUCAAUCAGUAUAUCUGGAAGUAGCCGGCCUUGUUUGGAUUUCUUACAGGAAGUAACAAGGCAGCCUCGGAACUUGCAGGAUCUCUGUCGAAUUAAAAUCCGCCAGUGUAUAGGCCUUCAAAACCUCAGACUUCUUGACGAACUACCAAUUGCCAAGGUCAUGAAAGACUACUUAAAACACAAAUUUGAUGAUAUCUGA